AUGGAUGGACUUGACUUGUCAGGAGGAAGAGAUGGCGCAUUGGUCAUGACUAAUGAUACAUUCAUUAAGAAGGGCCGAGUGGAGAAUACAGAAGUUUCCUUGCGUGUGUUUAUGGCUGCCUUGUUAGUGCUUCUCAUCCUCUUCACCUUACUGGGCAACACACUUGUGUGCAUGGCCGUGAUCAAAUUUAGGCAUCUACGCUGCAAGGUCACCAACUUCUUUGUCAUCUCCUUGGCUGUAUCAGAUCUCUUUGUGGCUGUGCUGGUGAUGCCAUGGAAAGCAGUUGCUGAAGUGGCUGGUUUCUGGCCUUUUGGUGGUUUCUGUGACAUUUGGGUGGCUUUUGAUAUCAUGUGUUCCACAGCAUCAAUCCUCAACUUGUGCAUCAUUAGCAUGGACCGCUACUGGGCCAUUUCCAGCCCUUUCCGCUAUGAACGGAAGAUGACCCAGCGGGUAGCUUUUGUUAUGAUUGGGGUGGCUUGGAUGCUCUCCAUUCUGAUCUCAUUCAUACCUGUCCAUCUGAGAUGGCACAAAGCCAGGAAGCUCCUUCCUGAUGAGGAAUCAGGCUCCAACAUCACCUGGAUCCUAGAAGGGAACUGUGACUCCAGCCUCAACAGAACCUAUGCUAUCUCCUCAUCAUUCAUCAGUUUCUAUAUUCCUGUUGCUAUCAUGAUAGUGACAUACACCCGGAUUUUCCGCAUUGCGCAGCGACAGAUACGAAGGAUCUCUUCUCUAGAGAGGGCUGUGGAACAUGCCCAGAGUUGCCAAAGCAGCGAGUGUUCUCAUGAGGUCUCCUUGAAGAACUCCUUUAGAAAAGAAACCAAGGUCCUGAAGACCCUUUCUAUCAUAAUGGGAGUCUUUGUCUUCUGCUGGCUUCCUUUCUUUGUGCUCAACUGCAUUGUGCCGUUCUGUGAUCCCAACCUGCAUAAGCUGGGGAAGCUGCCCUGCGUCAGUGAUACAGUUUUCAACAUCUUUGUCUGGUUUGGCUGGGCAAACUCCUCUCUUAAUCCAAUCAUCUAUGCCUUCAAUGCUGACUUCCAGAGGGCUUUUGCAGCCAUCUUGGGCUGUGGUCGCUUGUGUCCCAGCAAUGCUGUAGAGACAGUAAACUUCAGCAAUGAGAUGGUUUCAUACCAUCAUGACACCACCUGCCAGAAAGACCUUGGGGCCUUAAGUUACCCACACCUUCUCCCUCAUGCUAUAACCCUUCAAGGAGAGGAUGAUGAUGUCAUGUUUGACAAGGUCUCCCAGUCAUCUCCUGAUAACAGUGCAACUGUUUUGUCAGCCCUUAUUCAUGUGGAGUAUGAGACAGAUCUGUCACUGGAGAAGAUCGCUCCCUUUGCCUCCAAUGUAAUGGAUGAAGAGAGAACCAAGGAUGAUCAUGCAGAGGGGAAUGGGAGCAGUGAACAUGAACCUUUUCCAUGGGUUAGAUGAAACUUGGUGGAUGCAUGUGGAGGAAAAGGGGUUGGGCCUAAUUAGAUCAUUUUGAAUAUCUAUCUCAUUGAAAACAAGUAUCUAUGUAUCUUAUUAGAAAGUAUUUCUGGAGGGAUAACUAUGUUUAUUGUGGCAAAACCAACAAAGUUUCUUGUGGCAUCUUAAAAGCUACUAUGAAGUAAGGUUCCAUGGACCACAGGACUACAUCAUGCAUCUGAUGAAUUAUUAUCCACAAACAUUUAUUACGGCAUAAAGUGUUAGCUUUUAAAGUGCCCCAAGACUUUGCACAGUGUUUCUAGUAAUUAUGCGGCUGAUGAUCUUCAAUCAUUGGAUAUCACCAAGGAGAAGAAUGCAAUACACGAUCUUUCCUCUCUCUAACGGAUCGGUGUAAAUACAG